GGGGGCGCGGCGGCGGCGGGGGGCGCCCUGCACCCGCACCACGCCGCGGGCGGCCUGCACUUCGACGACCGCUUCUCCGACGAGCAGCUGGUGACCAUGUCGGUGCGCGAGCUGAACCGGCAGCUGCGCGGGGUCAGCAAGGAGGAGGUGAUCCGGCUGAAGCAGAAGAGGCGGACCCUGAAAAACCGCGGCUAUGCCCAGUCCUGCCGCUUCAAGAGGGUGCAGCAGAGACACGUCCUGGAGUCCGAGAAGAACCAGCUGCUGCAGCAGGUCGACCACCUCAAGCAGGAGAUCUCCAGGCUGGUGCGCGAGAGGGACGCGUACAAGGAGAAAUACGAGAAGUUGGUGAGCAGCGGCUUCCGAGAAAACGGCUCGAGCAGCGACAACCCGUCCUCUCCCGAGUUUUUCAUAACUGAGCCCACUUGCAAUUUGGAGCCAUCAGUGGGAUACGCCACAUUUUGGAAACCCCAGCCAUGCGUCCUCACCAGUGUAUUCACAAAAUGAAGUUUCUGUGAGAAUUGCACAUUAAAAAUGUAU